AGAUUAGGUUUUUAUGUUUCUGCAUGCCCGAGAAAUUCGUACAUUGGGAUCUAAAUUCCCAAACUUUCAUUCCAAAGGACAAAAUGGCUCAUAGUUUAAACCAAAAAAGAAAUUAAAAUGAAUCAAGAAAACAAGAAGAUUUUUUAAAACAAAUCUCUGCCCUUGAUCCGAUUCGACGAAUAUUGCAAUAGAAACCCUGAAAGUUCUGAUCUUUUCGCUCUCCCUCUCUUCCUCAUCGCGGAAUUUGUCUUCACUCUUCAUCAUAGCUCUGUCUUGAAAACACAGAACACGGCAAUGGAGAAUGUCGAGGGAAGCUGUUCUGUACAGCUUAUGGACGGCGAUGGCACCUUCAACGUUUCGGGUGUCGAUCAGUUUAUCAAGGAUGUGAAGCUUGGAGAGUGUGGACUCUCAUAUGCAGUUGUCUCCAUCAUGGGUCCUCAAAGCAGUGGGAAGAGUACCUUACUGAACCAUCUGUUCAAAACGAACUUCAGAGAAAUGGAUGCAUUUAAGGGAAGGUCGCAGACUACAAAAGGGAUAUGGCUUGCAGUAUGUGCCGGAAUCGAUCCUUGCACACUUGUGAUGGAUUUAGAGGGCACUGAUGGAAGAGAGCGUGGAGAGGACGAUACCGCCUUUGAGAAACAAAGUGCUCUUUUCGCGCUAGCUAUCUCGGACGUUGUCUUGAUCAACAUGUGGUGUCACGAUAUCGGCCGUGAACAAGCUGCAAAUAAACCUCUCCUGAAAACCGUCUUUCAGGUCAUGAUGAGAUUGUUUCGUCCUCGUAAAACAACUAUGAUGUUUGUAAUACGAGACAAAACACGGACGCCAUUGGAAAAUUUAGAGCCCGUCUUAAGGGAAGACAUUCAGAAGAUAUGGGAUUCGGUUCCAAAGCCACAAGCACACAUGGAAACUCCACUUAGUGACUUCUUCAAUGUCAAAGUUGCAGCUCUUUCCAGUUAUGAGGAGAAGGAAGAGCAAUUUAGAGAGCAGGUUGCUGGUCUGAGACAACAAUUCAUGCAUUCCAUUGCACCGGGUGGACUUGCUGGAGAUCGAACGGAAGUGAUUCCGGCUUCAGCUUUUGCAUUUAGUGCAGAAGAAAUCUGGAGAGUUAUAAAAGAGAAUAAGGACCUUGACCUUCCAGCCCACAAGGUCAUGGUGGCGACUGUUCGGUGUGAAGAAAUCGCGAAUGAGAAGUUUUCACAAUUCACGGCGAAUGAGGAGUGGCGCCAACUGGAAGAAGCCGUGCAGUCUGGUCCAGUUUCGGAUUUUGGGAAGAGGCUCAGUUCCAUUCUCGGGUCAUGCUUUUCCGAGUAUGAUGGUGAGGCUGCAUUCUUCGAUGAAGGUGUCAGAACUGCAAAGAGGCACCAGCUCGAAGAAAAGCUGCUUCAACUCGUGCAACCGGCUUUUCAAAAUAUGUUGGGACAUAUAAGAUGGGGAAUGCUUGACAAGUUUAAGUCUUCUUUCGACAUGGCUUUGAGCUUGGGAGAAGGGUUCUCUUCGUCUGCUGUUUCUUGGUCCAAAUCCUGCAUCGCCCAGUUCGAUGAAGAGUGUGCAGAUGCUGUCAUCCAACAAGCGAAUUGGGACACAUCGAAAGUCCGAGAAAAGCUUGUCCGUGACAUUGAGGCGCACAUUUCCUCUGUCCGAACUGCUAAGCUGUCUGAACUUACCGGUCUAUACGAGUCAAAACUCAACGAAGCAUUGGUAGAUCCGGUGGAAGCACUGCUGGAAGGAGCGAGCGAUGAAACGUGGCCAUCGAUAAAGAAGCUUCUUCAGCGUGAAACUGAAUCGGCAGUUUCUGGUCUUAGUGGUGGAUUAUCGGGCUUUGACAUGGACGAAGAAGCUCGGGAAAAAAUGCUGAAAAGCCUUCAGGAUUAUGCAAGAGGUGUGAUUGAAUCUAAGGCCAAGGAAGAAGCCGGUAGGGUUUUGAUAAGAAUGAAGGAUAGGUUUGCUACAAUUUUCAGCCAUGAUUCUGAAUCAAUGCCACGGGUUUGGACCGGAAAAGAAGAUAUCCGGGCGAUCACAAAAGCUGCCCGAUCUUCCUCCUUGAAGCUGCUCGCUGUCAUGGCUGUAACUCGUUUGGAUAACGAACCUGACAACGUCGAGAAGAUACUCACCGUUUCUCUGAUGGAUCCGAAGAAGCAUGCAGCUUCUGACAAAGACAAUGCAGCAUCUGAUCCACUGGCUUCAAGUACUUGGGAGCAGGUUCCUUCAUCCAGAACGCUGAUCACACCGGUCCAGUGUAAGUCGAUAUGGAGGCAGUUCAGGACCGAAACAGAGUAUACCGUGACUCAAGCUAUCUCGACACAGGAGGCGAACAAGCGUGGUAACAACUGGCUACCGCCUCCAUGGGCAAUCGCUGCAUUGCUUGUUCUCGGAUUCAACGAGUUUAUGGCUCUUCUAAGAAACCCUCUCUAUGUCUUUGUCAUCUUCGUCGGUUUCCUUCUUGUCCGAGCGCUUUGGACACAGCUCGAUAUCCCUGGCGAAUUCCGAAACGGCGCUCUUCCUGGGAUCAUAUCUUUGUCUGCAAAGUUUGUCCCGACGGUCAUGAACCUUGUGAAGAACCUUGCGACGCAAGGCAACGCCAACGGAGGGGGCCGCCGUCCAAGCAAUGGUUCGUGGCCGUCGACGACAAGUCACGAUCCGAACAUGGCUGCUUCAAGUGCUUCGACCGUGACCGGUUCUUCAGGAAAUGCACCUUACAGCACCAGUUCAUCAAAAGAGGAGUAGAGAGAGAGAGAGAGAGAGAAGAACUUUCUUUGCUUUUAUACAAUUGGUUCAUGGGACCCUGCCUCUUCUUUGGCCCAUUUCUUCAUGGUGAACUUAGUAAUAUGCAUUUCGAUUUAUGCGAACUUGUGGAUCCAAGUGUUGGUUAACACAUCUUUACCCAAAAAAAGUUUUGGUUAAUA